AUGUGUUCUAUAAUGCUCGACUUGAGCAGACCACUGUUGGAUCUCACUGAUUGUCCGACCAAAUUAGCACUUACGUUCCGGCUAUCUUUCGGUCUGGCCAUGCCGGGCAUCUCGGAAGAUGCAUGCCGUGGAAUUGCUGCUGGUUUUGCCCAUUUCAUAUGGAGUUUGACCCGGCGGUCAGGCCAACUUCAGGCAUUCCAGAACAUGCGUUUCGUGAAGCCACGUCGCAGCGCGCCGCGAGGCAGGAACCGCUUGCGAACGUAUCUCGGGGCGGACAGGGAGGAGGAGAUGCGACAUCUGCUGCAUGCAGCUGGUCGCGGCCCCGCCGUUGGGUAG